UGCUAUCGAUACACUGGCCCAGUGUACAAAAGUCAACAGAGUGAAGUUUAAACACUGUGAAGGGCUUAAUUCUUCUGUAUUUCUUCCUCUUGCUAUUGCUUUUCCGAAUUUAACAUCCUUAGAAUAUUCUUAUGGUACUUAUAAAAUUUAUGAUAACGCAACCCCUAUUAGAUUAUUAUCUGGUCUCAUUAUGACAAGUUGCAAAACACUUAAAAGAAUUAUACUUGACUGGCAUUCCGAAGAUAACGUUGAUAUUACACAGCUCGUCGAAAUAAUUGCACAGAAAACAAUAAAUCUUGAGUAUUUAAAAAUUCCACUCUAUACAUUAGAACAACUUGCUCUAAUUCACAGAACCAAUAAUCAAUUGAAGAAACUUGAAAUUAAUGUGAAUAGAUCAAUAAAUCCAUAUUGUGCCCUUUCUCUCUUAGCAAAUGUUCCACUCAAAAGCCUUGAGAAUUCAAUUCAAUUGUAUUUUUAUGAUCAAUAUGUUCAAGAGAGUUCUAAACAAAAAUUUAGUCUACUGAAUCAACAGAAAAGAGAAACUUUUAAGAAACUAUCCAAGGCUUAG